AUGCUGUUGGCUGUUGGCUGCUGGCCCCCGAGUCCCGUCCAGCAGCCGCUGCCAGCUCGGCACGGCACAUCUGCCAGCGACAUCGACUGCAGCCACUCCCUGAUUCGUGCCGGGGCCAAUGCAAGCUGGCCGCGGGGCCACAUCCGUCGCGACACGUCAAAUCACCGCUCGGCUACUGACUUUCUGGCUCUGCCCCAGGCCAAGCAGCGGCAGGGCACCGAGUUGUCACAGUCGACAUGUUACCUGUCAUCUCCCGGCCCUUGUGCCAGCAUGUGCUGUGGUCUCAGCUGCUGCUCCCCUCCCAUCGCUGGACUUGGCUCGCCACCCAUGCCUGAAGCUGUCCUCGACAUUCUCGUGCACAAUCUGCGCCAACCAACCCUGACAAGCGCAGCACUCGCUCUCCAUGGAGGCCUAGACGUCGAUGUAGUCAUGCCCUCCCGCCCUCAUUUGAUGGUUGAGCCGUCUUGGCUAGGCCCAAUCCAUGGUGACAGCCUGUCUCCCGUGCAUAUUCCCCGCCUCCCGCGAGCGGGUCGAUCGAUAUUGGCUGCAGUCAAUAUUGAUUCCCUUCACUGA